GGACAGGAAAGAGUCGAGCUGAAGCGGAGCUCGGAGCAAUUCUCUCUGUGUAGGGAGUGUGCGCACGUGUGUGUCAUGUGUGUAUCAGAGAGCCCACGAAGCGCGUGUGCGACAUCUCCGUCUCUCAUCGCCAGCAAAGCCUAACCCAGCACGUUCUGCGGAAAACACGUCCAACCGAGUCUGCAAAUGUCCAAAGUACCGCUGACAAGCCGCUCCUAACCUCCUCGUUUCCCCGGAGAACCGGGCCGAACGACAGAAUGACUCUGAGCUCCUAGAACUGCGUUCCUUCAUUCAGCAAAGCGACCUCGUGAGGCGCUCAAACCGUCAUUAUUGAAUGGGAAGAAGCUGCCCCGGACAAAAAAACGUUCAUUAAAAUUAGCCUUAGGGGUGAAUAAACGUGACAUGUGACAGGUUAGUGAGGAAUUUCUCCAUUAAUUUUCCAUCUGUGCAAAUAGGAAUCGAUGAAAUCUGUAAACUGCGGGGGUCACUGAGCAAAUCGCGUUCGCUGAACAAACAAACAUCCCGCGUUGCUCCGCGUUACUUGACAAUGUCGGACCUCGGCAGAUGAUCGAGUCGAUGCCGAAGGUGCUCGUGUCUGCAGGGAAAGGCUUCGGAAAGGCCAUCGAUGCGUCGACUUCCACGCACCGCCACAUCAUGAGCAAGAGCAAAGAGGACAACCAGUUCUACAGCGUCGAGGUCGGCGACUCCACCUUCACCGUCCUCCGGCGGUACCAGAACCUGAAGCCCGUUGGGUCUGGCGCUCAGGGCAUCGUCUGCGCUGGCUAUGACAGCGUCCUCGACAGAAACGUGGCCAUCAAGAAGCUCGGUCGGCCUUUCCAGAACCAGACCCGUGCCAAGCGGGCCUACCGAGAGCUGGUACUCAUGAAGUGUGUCAACCACAAAAAUAUAAUCAGCUUAUUAAAUGUGUUUAAGCCCCAGAAGAGUUUAGAAGAGUUCCUGGAUGUGUAA